AUGACUUUCUUUCUUCUGUUUAUAAUUGUAAUAGAUGUUGGACACUUUGACUCCAAGUAUGUUAUACAGAAAUGCAGUGAUUUUUUACAAAAGGCAAAACUAUGUGUUCGAAGAAUUGUGGAGAGGAGGAUAUUUACCAGUGGUAAAGAUGAAAUUGGGUUGAUUGUACUUGGUUCUGACAAGACACAGAAUCCACUUGAUUACCCAAAUGUGAGUGUGGAAUUUCCUCUUGCACUGCCUACAUGGCAGAUGAUAUCCUUUGUGGAGAAAUCUUUACAUGAAAGUGAAAUAAAAACAGAUUGGGUAGAUGGUGUUGUUGUUAGCAUGCAAGUCUUGAAAGAUGAGCUAGACUCAAUAAUUAAGGAGAUAAAUUGUGUUGUAAUGCGAGGUUUUAAUGAAGAUGAAGUGUGCAGUUUUGUGGAGUUAACAAAAGAGAAAAAUGUUGAUGUAAGAUUUAUUGAGUACAUGCCUUUCAGCGGCAACAAAUGGAAUGAUGGGAAGAUGGUCUCAUUUAAUGAAAUGCUCCAAAUAAUUAGAAAGCAGUGGCCUAAUUUUGAUCCUCUUCCCAAUGGGCCCAAUGAUACCUCAAAGGCAUACCAUGUCCCGGGCUACAAGGGAUGCGUAGGAUUUAUUACCUCAAUGAGUGAACACUUCUGUGGCACAUGCAACCAUUUACGGCUAACAGCUGAUGGCAAUUUGGAGGUGUGUCUCUUUGGGAAUUCAGAGAUAUCUCUCAGAGAUGCAAUACGAAGCAAAUGCAGUGAGGAUGACUUGCUUGCCAUGAUUGGGGCAGCAGUGAGAAGAAAGAAGAAACAACAUGCAGGAAAGAAGCAAGAAUUCCUCGGAAGUAAUGGCCGGCAGGAUCGUUUCAAGAAGCGGCAUGGCAUCCAUGAAAUUGCCAUCAGUGCCAAAUCAUUAUCUGGGGAUGAAGCUGCUAUGCUGAUUUUAAGAAGAAACUGCACACAAUCAUUGACAAAGGAUGUUAUACUGGCAAUCAACUUUACAAAUGUGAUGAAACUGGGUUGA